AUGGAGAUUCUUGAAGUUCUCACGGCUACAAUCUCUUACCUCGCGCUCGUUGGAGCCAGCCCAAUUGUCGGAUCUUCCCAAGGUUUCGAACCACCUAGCGGCGUGGUUGCAAGGUCGUCAUCACCAAUCCCUACAAAUACGACGGUGGCCGUCACUCCCAACAAAUUUGCUGCAUGUCCAGGGACGGGCAGUAGCAUACCUACACCUGUCGAUCGCCCGGGCGUAAUCUUCCGGUGGCAGUACUUGAAUUUCGAUGCUUUUCAGGUCUGCGGAUUCGCCUGGAUUACGAUCCACGAGGAUGGCUAUUACAACUUUGGCGGACAAUUCACAAAUUCAGGUCCUGAGUCCUAUCACCUUGCUUUGGCUUCCGGGUUCAAAGACGCCCGGCAGGUGGGAUAUUCUUUCGAACAUACCUGUCAAGUUGUCGGGUCCUCUCCAUGCGAGUGGGAGGACGAAGCUUACGACCGUCGAAUUCGCGAGAGAUGGGGUGAUAUCUGGGCUUUCAAACCCUUUGCAUGGCGAGCUCUGCUGGAUCGGGACGAGAUCGAUCCUGAACUUGUUUAUCAACAAUGGAUCGAUGAUUUGAUGCCUGGCAUAGUUAUUCCGGUGGUCAAGUAA